GAGCGAGAGUGAGGGAGAGAGAAACGGAGAGGGAGGGGAGCGAGCGAGCGAGCGAGCGAGCGAGGGAGGGAGAGCGGACAGAAACCGCAUCAGGGAUCACAGAGGAACGAGGGGAGAGAGAAAAACAAGAGAGAAGCGACGGAUACGGACAGGAGGGGACUGUAAGGGCUGCAGGAGCGAGUGCUGCGUGGCAGUGACCCCUCUCCGGGGCUCUGAGAAGGAGGAGGAGGAGGAGGAGGAAGAAACAGGGGCGCCAUGGCGCAAGCCGCCAAGCAGCUGCGGAAGACUAAGGACCUAGCGGAACAAGCGGCUCAGGAGCAGCGGGAGAGGGAGGAGGAGCUGAACAGGAAGAGGAGUCGGUCAAGGGACCGCAAACGCAAGGCUGAUGCUGCCACCAGUUUUCUCCGUGCGGCUCGUUCUGGGAACCUGGACAAGGCCAUGGACCACAUCAAGAAUGGGAUUGACAUUAACACAGCCAAUCAGAAUGGCCUCAAUGGCCUCCACUUGGCCUCUAAAGAAGGCCAUGUCAAGAUGGUAUUGGAGCUACUGCACAAUAACAUUGAUCUGGAGGCCACAACUAAGCAGAAAGGGAACACAGCUUUGCACAUUGCUGCUCUGGCUGGACAGGAGAGGGUGGUAGCAGAGCUGGUUCACUACGGAGCCAACGUCAAUGCCCAGUCACAGAAAGGCUUCAGUCCACUCUAUAUGGCUGCUCAGGAGAAUCACUUGGAGGUGGUGAAGUUCCUGCUGGAGAAUGGGGCCAAUCAGAGCCUACCCACAGAGGAUGGCUUCACUCCCCUGGCGGUGGCACUGCAGCAGGGCCAUGAGAAUGUGGUGGCCCUGCUCAUCAACUAUGGAACCAAGGGCAAGGUGCGGCUCCCCGCCCUUCACAUUGCGGCUCGUAAUGAUGACACGCGCACUGCUGCUGUGCUGCUGCAGAAUGACCCAAACCCUGACGUGCUGAGCAAGACCGGCUUCACUCCGCUCCACAUUGCAGCUCAUUAUGAGAAUCUGAGUGUGGCCCAGCUGCUGCUGAACAGGGGAGCCAAUGUAAACUUCACACCUAAAAACGGCAUCACUCCUCUACAUAUUGCCGCCAGGAGAGGAAACGUGAUAAUGGUCCGUCUGCUCCUGGACAGGGGGGCCCAAAUAGACGCCAGGACUAAGGAUGAACUGACUCCCUUACACUGUGCAGCCAGGAAUGGGCAUGUUCGGGUCAUUGAGCUUCUACUGGACCAGGGAGCACCGAUUCAAGCCAAGACCAAGAACGGCCUGUCCCCCAUCCACAUGGCUGCGCAGGGGGACCACAUGGACUGUGUGCGGCAACUGCUUCAGUAUAAUGCUGAGAUUGACGACAUCACGCUGGACCACCUGACCCCACUCCACGUGGCUGCACACUGUGGUCACCACCGCAUGGCCAAGGUCCUGCUGGACAAGGGGGCCAAGGCCAAUGCUCGCGCGCUGAAUGGCUUCACUCCACUCCACAUAGCCUGUAAGAAGAGCCACAUCCGCUUUAUGGACCUGCUGCUGAAGCACUCAGCCUCCCUGGAGGCGGUCACUGAGUCUGGGUUGACCCCAUUACACGUGGCUGCCUUCAUGGGACACCUGAACAUCGUGAAGAACCUUCUGCAGAGGGGUGCAUCCCCCAAUGCCUCCAACGUGAAAGUGGAGACACCCUUGCAUAUGGCUGCGCGGGCAGGACAUUGUGAGGUGGCCCAGUUCCUGCUGCAGAACAUGGCACAGGUGGAUGCGAAGGCCAAGGAUGACCAGACACCCCUGCACUGUGCUGCACGGAUGGGACACAAGGAGCUGGUGCGGCUUCUGCUGGAGCACGAGGCCGACCUCAACGCUGUGACCACAUCAGGCCACACACCCCUGCACAUCGCUGCCCGCGAGGGUCACUCCCCCACCGCCCGCAUCCUACUCGAUGGGGACGCCCAGCAGACCAGGAUGACCAAAAAAGGCUUCACUCCCCUUCAUGUGGCAUGUAAAUAUGGCAAACUGGAUGUGGCAGAGCUUCUGCUGGAGAGAGGCGCCAAUCCCAACACUUCUGGCAAGAAUGGGCUGACACCGCUACACGUGGCUGUGCAUCACAACAACCUGGAUGUGGUGAAGCUGCUGGUCAGCAAAGGCAGCUCUCCAUACAGCACUGCUAGAAAUGGCUACACACCCCUGCACAUCGCUGCCAAGCAGAACCAACUGGAGGUGGCAGGCACGCUACUGCAGCACGGCGCCCCCCCCAACGCCGAGUCCCUCCAGGGCAUCACACCCCUGCACCUGGCUGCACAGGAGGGCCGCAUUGACGUGGUGUCCCUGCUCAUCUCCAAGCAGGCCAACGUCAACCUGGGAAACAAGAAUGGACUAACCCCUUUGCACCUAGUGGCCCAGGAAGGUCACAUGGGCAUAGCAGACAUGCUGGUCAAGCAGGGAGCCUCUGUGUUCACACCAUCACGGAUGGGAUACACCCCCCUGCAUGUGGCUUGUCAUUAUGGCAACAUCAAGAUGGUGAAAUUUCUCCUACAGCAACAGGCUAAUGUGAACAGCAAGACUCGGGUGGGCUACACACCUCUCCACCAGGCCGCUCAGCAGGGGCACACAGACAUCGUCACCCUGCUCCUGAAACAUGGAGCAAUGCCCGAUGAAACCACCGCUAAUGGUAGCACCGCCUUGGGAAUCGCCAGGCGCUUGGGCUAUAUCUCCGUCAUUGACGUGCUGAAGCUCGUCACCGAGGAGACCGUCGCCGUGAUUCCUACAGAGAAGCACAGAAUGAGUUUCCCAGAGACAGUAGAUGAGAUCUUGGAUGUGUCAGAGGAUGAAGGUGAUGAACUUCCUUGUCUGGAAGGAGCUCGGUGCUUGAAGCUGGAUGACCUCAAAGACCAGGAUGAAGACUUCCUCUCACCAAAGAAGUCCCUCAGGGACUUUGAGAGUGGGCAGGGGACAACGCCAUACUCUCCAGCUAUACCCAGAAUUCCCUGCGUGUCCCCAGAGACUGUCAUGCUGGAUCAGCACAUCCCUGCUCCUCUGCCCAAGGAGUAUGAUGACGACUCCCUGAUCCCCAGCAGCCCGGCCACAGAGACCUCCGAUAACGUCAGCCCCGUGGCCAGCCCCGUUCACACCGGCUUCCUCGUCAGCUUCAUGGUGGACGCCCGGGGGGGCUCCAUGCGCGGCAGCCGGCACAAUGGGCUGCGCGUGAUCAUCCCACCACGCACAUGCGCUGCCCCCACGCGCAUCACCUGCCGCCUGGUCAAGCCCCAGAAGUUGAAAACACCGCCCCCGCUGGUGGAAGGGGAAGGGUUGGCCAGUCGCAUUAUCUCCCUGGGCCCGUCCAGCAUGCAGUUCCUGGGGCCUGUGAUCGUGGAAAUCCCUCACUUCGCGUCUUUGGGCCGUGGCGACCGGGAGCUCGUCAUCCUGCGCAGCGAGAACGGUUCUGUCUGGAAGGAACACCGCAAUCGCUAUGGAGAUGAUGUGCUAGAAACCAUCCUAAACGGCAUGGAUGAAGACCUGGAGAGCCAAGAGGAACUGGAGAAGAAGCGAAUCCGCCGGAUCAUCUCCACCGACUUCCCUCUUUACUUUGCUGUGGUGUCACGUGUGCAGCAGGAGAGCGACCUCAUUGGACCAGAGGGAGGUCAGCUGACAAGCAAGCUGAUGCCAAUGGUCCAGGCCACAUUCCCAGAUUCUGCUGUUACCAAGAAAGUCCGUCUGGGGCUGCAGGCUCAGCCAGUCCCAGAUGAGCUGGUCACCAAACUGCUGGGUAACCAAGCCACCUUCAGCCCUGUCGUGACAGUGGAGCCACGCAGACGUAAAUUUCACCGUCCCAUCGCCCUUCGCAUCCCACUGCCCCCCUCCUGGCGGGAGAGUCCACGUGACAUGGGGGAGGGGGACACCAACAGCCUGCGUCUGCUCUGCAGUGUCAUUGGUGGUACGUCCUCAGCGCAGUGGGAGGACAUCACCGGCACCACCAAGCUGAUGUGCUGCGGUAACUGUGCCAACUUCACCACCAACGUUUCUGCACGGUUCUGGCUGGCAGACUGCCCCCGCACCGCGGAGGUCGUGUCCUUUGGCAACCUGCUGUACCGUGAGCUGACGGCGGUUCCCUACAUGGCUAAGUUUGUGGUGUUCGCCAAGAUGAAUGAGGCACGGGAGGGUCGUUUGCGGUGCUACUGUCUGACAGACGACAAGAUGGACAAAACCCUGGAGCAGCACGAGAACUUCACCGAGGUGGCGCGCAGUCGUGACGUCGAGGUGAUGGAGGGUAUGCCACUGCACCUGGAAUGCUCUGGGAACCUGAUGCCCAUGAGGAAGGCAACUCAGCAGCCCCGAAGCUUCUGCUUCCAAGCCUUCAAAGACAACCGGCUUCCUGUUUCUGUUAAGGUGAGAGACCACACUAAAGAGCCUUCUGGAUUCCUGACAUUUCUGCGCAAGUCCACCAAGUAUGAGGACAACCAGCACGUCCUGUGCAACCUCAAUAUCACCAUGCCACCCUGCGUCAAGGUUGCAGGUGGAGAGGAACGUAGACGGACCCUAACUCCACUGGCUUUGAGGGAGCGAUAUAGUGCCCUGAAUGAGUCGGCCCUGGCCUCAAUGAAGGCUAUGGAGAGGGCAGAGCUAAAGAUGACCCUAAUUUCUGAGCAGCUGGGACUGAGCUGGGCAGAACUGGCACGGGAGCUGCAGUUCAGUGUGGACGAUAUCAAUCGGAUCCGGGUGGAGAACCCUAAUUCAUUACUGGACCAAAGCUCUACCUUACUCAACCUGUGGGCUGCUCGUGAAGGGAAGAGGGCCAAGAUGGAGAGCCUGUAUGUGUCUCUGAGGCGAAUCGACAGGGCUGACAUUGUCAACUCGCUGGAGGAUCAGCUUCUGCAGGCUGGGGGGCUUCUGGAGGAGGGGGCAUGUCGGAAUACUGACCGUGACUCCCUCCUGUCCCCCCGAGUGACUAAUGGUUAUGGGCUGGUCCAGGAGGAGCUCCUGUCUCCGGCCUCCAUGCAGUACAGCUUGCCCUCCCCCUUGGGCGUCGAGCCCGACUGGCAGGAAGUCUCAAGCUUAGAGCGCGCCCCCAUGGCCACCACGGAGGAGGACACACUGGCUGAGCUGUCAGACGCGCAGGCAUGGCCCUCAGGCAUAGGGGCUGGGGCAGGGCUUCCAGCCGUGGACGACUCCUCGCUGGAGUGCAGCAAUGCGGACGAGUCAGAAGGCGUGCUCAGCCUGCCCUGCAGCAGCCUGGGCCGGCCAGGCAGCGGGGCCAGUGGCCUCAGCAGCUCACUCAUGGAGCUCGAGGAGGAAGAGGAGGAGGAAGAGGCCGAACUGCGGGGAAAGAUGCCAGAGGUCAACUUCAAUGGGCUGGUUGGAGGUCAGAGGUCAGAGGUCAGGAGGGUGAAGGUGGGGACGGCAGCAAGCAGCAGCGUGUCAGGCGGAGGUGGAAGAGGAGAGCAGGGCACAGAUGGAGAGCCAGGUUCAGAAGACGGGGUAUGUCUCGUUUCAGGACAACAGCAGGGCUUCGCCCAGCUGGGGGAGGCAUCCGGGCUGAGCUACGGAGCGCAGAGGGAAGGAGACAGGCUGGCCAGCCCUGCCUUUCAGCCAUACGUGCCGGAGUACUCUGUCCUGGAUUCUGCUCAGGACUGGAAAGGGACAGAGUCUGCGACAGCACCGGCGUGUGAUCAGGGCCAGUCUCGUGUUUUUCAGGAGGCCCUUCGGACCCCCGUGCUGGACACGGGGCACUCGGAGGUGCUGCGGAGGCAUGCCCUGGGGGGAGAGAAGCACAAGAAAGGCCAGGGCAGUGAGGCGGAUGCCCAUGGAAAUGAUGAACGCAAUAAUGAGCAAGAUAUCAUUCCCAAGAAGGGCACCCGUCGGCCGACACGGAAGGGCAGAGCUGCUUCUGAAGAGCCAGGACAUGCUGACACCCGAGGGAUGGAGGGGGCUGUAGAGCAACAGGGACGCAUGGGCAGCAAGCCGGAGGACGACGUGAAGAAGCGCAGCAGUCAAAGGAAGGUGAAAAAAUGAAGCGGGCUGUUCCACCCGCACAGGACCAGAUGUCUGAUGCCAAACUUCAACACAGACCACUGUGAACGUUGGACGAGGCAGAAAGGACAUCAAGGGAAAAGGAAUGAGGAUGGACUGGUGGAAAAACAACUUCAAAACAGAACCGGAAACACAGAGGAAGCCAUGAUACGAGACUCGAACUCGCACAUGGUUGUCUGCUUGUAGUUUUGUUACCAUUUUUAAUGAGAAAUGGCUAAAGCUUAGAGGCAUGAUUUUUAUAUAUAACAAAAAAAAACUGAAAAACAUACUGAAACCAAGAAAAAGUGCUUCCUGUUACACAUAUAAGCAUGACUGCGUCCGUGCAUGAACUCUCCUUGGGCGGGGGUGUGAAGCCACGGUUUACAAGGCAGCCAGUCUCUCGUGUGUCACGUUCCCUGGUGCUGGCGAGUUUAAUAUUGGCACCCCCGCCGCGGUGGCCCCCCAGCCCAAGUUGCUCUUACUUGUGGUAUAUGCACAGUGGUGAUUCCCCGUCAAGCUGUGUGCAUGUGUGUCUGUGUGUGCUUUUGCAAAGUCCCCUUUGGCAUGCGCUGAGGUGUGUGUGUAUGUGUGUGUGUGUGUGUGUGUGUGUGUGGCCUGGGAGAGGCAGCAGACCAUGCUGAUGGUGCAGCUUCUCCUGCUCCACCAGCUGCACCAUCUUCCUCUCGCAGUUGCAUCCUCUCCAUCGGUACCCAGGAGUGUCAGUAACAGCCUUGCUGGCAUGGAGCGGCGGAGCCCCACUGACAAGUGUUAAGGUGUAGCAUUCAGCGUCUGCUUGAACAAAAGCUCUACCCUGGCGUGCUCUCUGGGUAUCGCCGUGUCAGACGGUUCUUUCCUUGACAUCAUCUUCUUUUCACUCAGGAGCACAGAAAAUGCAGAGUUUGUCACUGUGAUCAUCAGUGUGAAACUGACCCCAGGACUGUGAAGUCUGACACCUUCCUGCUUCACCAGCUUCAUUCCCACCACCUUCUACACAGACACACACACACACACAGACACAAAUUCACAGACACACACAGUCCUGUGGGUUGUGGGAAACCCAUGUUAGCAAUAAUACUGGAAGAACUGAAUUGUAAUGUGGAUUGAUUUGUGUGUUUGCGUGUAUAUGUCUGUGACUGUGUGUGUGCGAGUCUGUGUCUGAGUAUGCGUGGCUAUGUAUGUGCUAUGUGUGUCUGUGUUUUGAAUGUGUUUGUGUUGAGGGUGUGUAUGUGUUAAGUGUUUCUGUAAGUAUUGAGUAUGUGUGUAUAUAUGUUGAGUGUCUGGGUGUAUGUGUAAAAUGUUUCUGUAUGUGUUGAGUGUGUGUGUGUUUCUGUGUACAUGUUGAGUGUGUGUGUGUUUCUGUGUACAUGUUGAGUGUGUGUGUGCUUCUGUGUACAUGUUGAGUGUGUGUGUGUUUCUGUGUACAUGUUGAGUGUGUGUGUGUUUCUGUGUACAUGUUGAGUGUGUGUGUGUUUCUGUGUACAUGUUGAGUGUGUGUGUGCUUCCACAUACUCCUUGAGCUUCCAGGCCUGGCAGAGUAUAGUCAGGCUUUCCUUCUGCAGGAGUUUUUAUACGAGCUCAGACACAGAUGCACGCUCUGCACAGACACCCUCAUUCACGCUUUUCCAUGGAGGGACAGUGGCUCCUUCAUCUAUACACUUACAGCUGCACAGAUGCCCCCCCCCCCCCAACACUGGUGUGACGCUUUCCCAACAUUGCUGUCUUGCCAGAGUCACAGCCGUGCUAUGGAUAAACUGCGUGGGUACAGAUAUGAAUCGUCUUCCCAUGAAAAAAAGGGUGGAGGACAAAGUUUCUAGAAUGCAUUCCCCUUAAGUCUCUGUUUCCUGCUUAUGUGUUUUCCUGAGUAUUUAUGUGUAAAGCUAACUGAGGCUCAAAGCCUACAGCUUGUCCGAGUUAAACUACUCACUGUUUCAGUCCAGUGUUUUAUAUCCUGCUAGAACCAUGUAGCAUUACAAAGCAAUGUUAAUUAAUCUACGGAUCUGUUGUUGUUGGUCACUAGCCUGUAAGAUAUGUGUUUCCAAACCCCAUUUGAGAUUGAGGGAUGUCCAGCCAUGAGUAGCAGUGGACUGCUUGAUAGGGCCUUUUCUGAUUGGUUCCCCUUGAAUGAAUCACUGUGCUCUCAUUGGCUCAAAUUGGUCACCUGGGCACCAGCGUGCUCCAGCCGACCUGGAUCUUAUUGGUUGUAAAGAAGCAGCACCUGCCUGUCCAUAGAGUGUGUUUGUAAGCUGGUCUUUGAUGGCAGCAGGAACGCACAAUCCUGUUACAGUUUAGCGUGUUGUGAGUUAGCUGAAGGUUGCGACCAUGAUGAGGCCAGUGAGUCUCGUUUAGACUUGCUGACCCCUGCAAGUGUGCAGAAAGUAAGUUGGCAUCUGAACACAACUGCGUUACACACUGUCAUGUCAGCAUAGUUCGCUGACCAUGUUAUACACUGCACAUCAGCACAGCAUACUGACUGCAUUACUCACUGCAUGUCAGCACAGCACACUGACUGCAUUACACAAAGAACAUCAGCACAGCUCACUGACCAUGUUACACAGUCCAUGUCAGCACUGCGCACUGACAAAGCUACACUGCUUGUUAGCACAGCACACUGACCACGUCACACUGCAUGUUAGCACAGUGCACUGACCGUGCUACACACUAUGCAUCAGCACUGCACACCGACGGUGUCACACACUGCAUGUUAGCUCAGCACACUGACCGCGAUAUUGCAUGUUGGCACAGCACAAUGACCGUGUUACACACUGCAUGCCAGCACAGCACACUGACCGCUUUACACACUGCAUGCCAGCACAACGCAUUGACUGGGUUACACGCUACAUGUCAGCACAGUACACUGAUCACGUUACACACUGUGCAUUAGUACAGCACACUGACUACUUUUUACAUGGAAUCCAUUCAUGGAGGCAACUGAUGUGAUCUUACACACGACACACAGACAUUACACACAAACAGAUCACAAAAUGGAUCACAUCCACAAAACAGACCCCCCCCCCCCCGCUUGGUGACAGGUGGCGUGUGGACACUGGAUGGGAUUCCUCAGGGGUGACUGACCAACAUCCAAGUGUCAAGCUGACCUGACUGAACACCUGCAGAGAGCAGGAGACUGAGGCGGCAUGGAUGGGGUUAGGUUAGGUUAGGUUAGGUUAGGUGCUGUGUGCUGGUGGGGGCUUAAGGUGAGCCCUACACUGUGACAGCCAAAGUGGAGACCAUCUGAAGGUAACAGGAAAGGAGCAUUUUGCGUUGUUCCAUGGUUAGUCUGUUUAAAGUGUCAUAAGAAGAAGGACACUGAAAUAAUAUUAAUCAAGUUCAUGCAAGCAUUAACUGUAAAGCUGACCUUUACUCCUUUAGAAUGGAUUAAUGACACUAAUGCAAUAUCAUUUUAUUCUGUACUAAGGAAUGCAACUGCACACAUGCACAGAAAAAAAUGUUUUUUUUUUUUUUAAAUAUAAAUAUAUGUAUAAAUAUAUGAGAAAGUAUAUUUACUUAGAAUGCUGUGCACUCUCAGUUAUGUUAUGGAUGUACUUUUAGAAUUUAAGCUAAACUUUAAGGAGAUGCCACCGGUAGGGAUCAUACAAGCUUGGUAGGUUGUAUUUUUCUUUAAUCAACACUGUUCAUUUCUUUUUUUAUCGUUAUUGGACAAAACAUGUAUCUAUAUGUAUAUGUAUAUGUAUACACAAGCCUUUUAAUCCGACUUACAUGAAGACUGGAAUAGAGCAUUUAUCCUGUACACUGGCUCUGCCCAUUUACAGCAGUAAAUAAAGCUACCCUUAUAUCAAA